AUGAAGUUGCUCUUAGGCUGCACGCUAAACGUCGGGGGCAAACGGUUUCCUUUCACCGCAGACUUAGUGAGCCACCUCCCCCUCAGCCGCCUCAGCCGCCUCAACCGCUGCGCCUCCGAAAGCGAACUUCUGGAGUUGUGCGACGACUACGACAGCGAAACCAACGAGCUGUUUUUUGACCGCCACUCCGACGCCUUCAGCUUCAUCGUGUCCUACGCCCAGCACGGCGCUCUGAGGCUCGCCCCCAGCAUGUGCGAGCUGUCCUUCCUGAACGAGUUGGUGUACUGGGGCCUGGACUCGGCAGAGCUGCAGACCUGCUGUCAGAGGCGGCUGGACCAGCGCAUGAACGACUGCUGUGUGCACUUCUUCCCCGAGUGUCCCUUCAGCGACUACAGGCUGUUCGUGCAGAGUGAGCGACACCGGGGGCCGGAGCUGGGGUCGCGCUGGCAGGGCUGGAUGGAGACGAUCCGCAGAACCUUUGAGGAACCGACGUCCUCGUGCACCGCUCAGAUCCUGGCCUCGAUAUCGGUGCUGUUUGUACUGGUUUCCAUGGUGAUGCUGUGUACCAGUACUAUUCCAGAGUGGUCCCGGGACGACACCCUGGAGACUCACAGGCUGGUGGAGUCCAUCUGCAUCGGCUGGUUCACCGCCGAGUGCACGCUGCGUUUCCUGGUCUCUCAGGACAAGUGUGAGUUUGUGCGACGGCCGCUGAACGUCAUCGACAUCCUCGCCAUCGCGCCGUACUACGUGUCGGUGCUGGUGUCGUUCCUGACGGGAGAAGACUCCGAGCUGCAGCGAGCCGGGGUCAUGCUACGUGUCUUGAGGAUGAUGCGUAUCUUCUGGCUGAUCAAACUCGCUCGUCACUUCCUCGGCCUCCAAACUCUGGGCCUCACGCUGCGCCGCUGCUACCGAGAGAUGCUAACGCUGCUAGUCUUUGUCGGCGUCGCUAUGGCAAUCUUCAGCGCUUGGGCUCAGCUUCUGGAGUAUGGCCUGGACCCCACUCCCAGUUUUGGCGUUAGCAGAGGAUCCGGAAAGGUCUACACCCUCCCCCACCAAGAAUACAGCCUCCCCUCAAACCCUGGCAAAGAACUGAACCGCGGUCGAAACCAGGACUACGUUAGCAUCCCCGCGGCUUGCUGGUGGGUGAUAAUUUCCAUGACGACGGUGGGAUACGGAGACAUGUACCCGGUGACAGUUGCCGGCCGAGUUUUGGGAGGUGUCUGUGUGGUGAGCGGCAUCGUGUUGCUUGCUCUCCCCAUCACUUUCAUCUAUCACAGCUUUGUGCAGUGUUACCAUGAGCUCAAAGUCCAGUCCAGUCGAGACCAGUAUGUGCUAGAAUCAGCCAGAGAUCCCUGA